GUGUGUGUGUGCGUGUUUGUAAGUGCGUGUGAAGAAGAGUGUGUGGCGAAGAGUGUGUGGCGGAGCUUAGUAGCAGCAGCCCUCCGCUGGUUACUCUACUCUGCUCUGCUGUGCUUUGCUUUGCUUUGCUCUGCGCGAGUGUGUGUGUGUUCACGAGCGUGUGGUUCAGAGGUUCAGUGCGCGAGAGCUUGUUUAUAUAUGUGUGUGUGUGCGCGCUCCGUUUCGUCUGGGACAAUCGGCUGGCCGGCCUGUCUUCCUGCCUGCCUGCACAUGCUGGAGUGUGUUUGAGUGUGAGAGUGCACGCGAGAGUGUGUGUCCCGGCACUUUCGCGUUUGAGGAGGUAUAAUGCCAUCAAGUGCUGAAGUGUUGACCGGAAGACAGCAGGGAGGCCGGGCAGCGGCCGAGCGAUUAGAGGCAGCGGCGGAGGAGGAGGAGAAGGACAGUCUCAGAAUCAUGUCUUCCAAACAAGCCACCUCUCCGUUCGCCUCGGGCCCAGACGGCGGCGAGGAUGGAAUGAAUCCGGAGCAUCUGGGCUGGGAGAAGGACGAGAGCGCGGAGGCUCUGGCCGCGCCCCAACUGCCCCUCCAUAACCUGCUGCACGGCAAGUCCCACCCCGACGAGCUGCCCCCCGUCAGCAGCAGCGUGCCCCCCGAAUCAGACUGGGACAGCCUGGUGUCGGCCCAGCAGUGCAUGGAGCCGGACAGCAAUAAAGUAUGUUCCCUGUACUCCUUCCGGAAUAACUCUACCUCUCCACACAAGCCGGAGGAGGGGGCGCGGGAGCGCGGCGACCUGCUGGGCAGCUCUGCGUUCGGAACGCCGGAGCGCCGGAAAGGCAGCCUGGCCGACGUGGUGGACACACUGAAACAGAAGAAGCUGGAGGAGAUGACAAAGACAGAGCAAGACGAAACCUCCUGCAUGGAAAAACUGCUUUCUAAAGACUGGAAAGAGAAGAUGGAGAGACUGAACACAAGCGAGCUUUUGGGAGAAAUUAAAGGUACUCCAGAGAGUCUGGCGGAGAAGGAGAGGCAGCUUUCCACCAUGAUCACCCAGCUGAUCAGCCUGAGGGAGCAGCUCCUGGCCGCCCACGACGAGCAGAAGAAGCUGGCCGCCUCGCAGAUGGAGAAGCAGCGGCAGCAGAUGGAGCUGGCUCGCCAGCAGCAAGAACAAAUCGCCAGACAGCAGCAGCAACUGCUUCAGCAGCAGCACAAAAUCAACCUCCUUCAGCAGCAGAUUCAGGUCCAGGGUCACAUGCCUCCGCUCAUGAUCCCCAUUUUUCCACACGACCAGCGCACUCUGGCUGCUGCCGCCGCUGCCCAGCAGGGCUUCCUCUUCCCUCCAGGCAUGUCCUACAAACCAGGUGAUAACUACCCGGUGCAGUUCAUUCCUUCCACAAUGGCAGCUGCCGCGGCGUCAGGACUCAACCCUCUUCAGCUCCAGCAACUGUACGCCGCCCAGCUGGCCAGCAUGCAGCUCUCGCCAGGAGCCAAGAUGCCGCCACUGCAGCAGCCCCCCAACUCGGCCGGGCCCCUGUCGCCGGGUCCCAAGAGCGAGAAGAGAUCCUCCAGCCCCCUCGCCCAAGUCAAGGAGGAGGGAACCCAGCCUCUCAACCUCUCCGCCCGGCCCAAGACGGCUGAACCGGUCAAAUCCCCCACGUCCCCAACACACAGCCUGUUCCCCGGCAGCAAGACCAGCCCCAACAACGUGUCCAGGGGCGGAGGCAUCCCCAGCCCCCUCGGAAGCCUGGGUCGUGGCUCAUCCCUUGACAUCCUGUCCAACCUGAACUCCACGGCACUGUUCGGAGAUCAGGACGCAGUGAUGAAGGCCAUCCAGGAGGCGAGGAAGAUGAGGGAGCAGAUCCAGCGGGAGCAGCUGCAGCACCACCAACAAGGCAUGGAGGCCAAGCUCUCGGCCCUGUCCGGCCUGGGUCUCAACAACUGCAGGACUGACAAGGAGAGGGCUCACUUCGAGAGUUUGGGUCAUCAUCUGGGAAAGCUGGGUGAAGACGGCAAGAUUGGCCAAAGAGUCAUUGACCUGACCAGGCCAGAGGAUCUCGACGGGAAUAAGGAGCUGAAUGGCUUUGCAGAUAAAACACAUCAGUAUUAUUGUUGGCCAACAGGAGGCGCCAGCACCACAGAGGCCCGGGUCUUCAGGGAAUCCCGUGGAAGGAACCCCAACGAGCCUCACAUCAAACGGCCCAUGAACGCCUUCAUGGUGUGGGCCAAGGACGAGCGUCGCAAAAUCCUGCAGGCCUUCCCAGACAUGCACAACUCCAACAUCAGCAAAAUCCUGGGUUCUCGCUGGAAGUCCAUGUCUAACCAGGAGAAACAGCCCUACUACGAGGAGCAGGCCCGCCUGAGCAAGAUCCACCUGGAGAAGUACCCCAACUACAAGUACAAGCCGCGGCCCAAGCGCACCUGCAUCAUUGACGGGAAGAAGCUGCGCAUAGGCGAGUACAAGCAGAUGAUGCGCUCGCGGAGGCAGGAGAUGCGACAGUUCUUUACCGUGGGGCAGCAGCCACAGACUCAGCUCCCCAUCAGCACCAGCGCCGGUGUGGUCUACCCUGGCGCCAUAACGAUGGCGACCACCACGCCCUCGCCCCACAUGACCUCAGACUGCUCCAGCAACUCAGCCAGCCCCGAACCCGCCAUCCCCGUCAUCCAGAGCACCUUCGGCAUGAAGAUGGAGCCCGGCACCAUGGUGCCCAGCGACCCGGUCAACGGCGAGGACGAGAUGGACAUGUACGAGGACUUUGAGGACGAGCCCAAAUCGGACUACAGCAGCGAAAACGAGACACAGGAGCCCGUCAGUGCCAACUGAGGACGCCAUCCUUUUACUGGAGCGAGGAAAAAAAAAAAAGUACUGAAGGAGAUUAAAAAUGAUAAUGAUAACGAUGAUAAUAUAAAACUACAGAACAUUUUUUUUUUAAAACGAGAAAGAAAAGAAAGGAAAGGAAAAGAAAAGCGAGAGAGCGCAAGAAAUUGAAAAGAAGAGAUGGGAAAAAACUUGUUUCUGAUUAUAAUAUUAAUAAUAAUAAUAAUAUUAAUAUUAAUAAUAAUAUAUAAUUUAUUAGGAGAGCCUGCAUGCACAAUGUGGCUCCCACAGAUUCAACAGCUACUUGGUCUUAAAUGUGUUUUUUUUUUUUUUUUUCUCGAGUGUGAAGCUGAGUUUUUGAACGUGUUUUAUUUUGGUUUUUUAUUCUUAUAAUCUUAUUUUAAACUUAAUUUUUAAGUAUGUGUUUUACUUAUGAUGAUUAUGAUGAUGAAUGAUGAUAAAUGGACAUUUAAACCAAUUAGGAUUACUGCCUGUAUUAAAAAAACAAAUAUAUAGUUAUGGGAGGACAGACAGGACCUUUGAUAUUAAUGAAAUAAUGAAUUAUUAUGAAAUUAUAGCUCUCACAGUCUUACUUUUUUUUGUUCCAUUUUUUCAUAUGGAUACUUAAUUUUUUUUUGUUGUUUUUGAUGGGGUUCUAUAUAUAUUUCUAUUUCUCUCAGGUAUGCUGUGCCAGCCAACAGCUUGUGAAUGUUUUAUUUUUCUCUAUUUUUCAUUUGAACGUUAACUAUUUAAAAUCAGGAAUGACAGCGUUUUUGAACUAUUGAAUUAAUAUAAAUUCAUAGAAAUUUGAGAAAAUAAAUAUCAAUCAAGUCCUUAAACACACAAACUCCUCAAACUCCCAACUUAGUUUUUUUUUUUUGUCUUAGUUCGUAUGAUUUUCUACGUUUUUUUUCUUUUUUCUUUAAUGAUUAUGAUUUUGUCACUACAUUUCUAGUCUACGAGUUCAGUCGUGCCAAACAUUGCAUGUAAUUUUAUUUUUGUCCUUCUAGUGUAAAUCCUUUGAAAUUUGACUUAAAAGUUUAAAAGUCUUAAAAGGAAGAGACGGCAUGAGUCGGAAUGAGUCUUAGACAAUCCUUUGCUCAAUCUCAUCAAACUCAAUCUUAUCAAACUCAAUCUCAAUCUCAUCAAUCUCGAAAAACCCAAUCGCUUCAACUACCGUAGCAAAAGUACUCAGGAACUUAGCGCUAAUGGAAGCAGUGCUAGAUGCUGGAAUUUAAUGAAAAUUUGCUUACGAUUUCCACCGUUUCUCUCAGACAUCCCAAAUGCAGUGACCACCUCCUCCUCCUCCUCCUCUUCUUCAGCUCCGGCCUCCUUCAUCCCUCCUCCUCCUCCUCUGGUCCAGUCUUACCCCAGUCUUACUAAGUUCUUAAUCAGAGUGAUUGUAAUCUGGCCAGCAUGCCAAGGGGCCAAAGGCAUCCAAUCUGUGAAAUUGGAAAGGCAGCAAAAGGCAGCUUUGGUGGCAUUACAAUCACAAAUUGCUGUUGUACAAUAAAGUACAAGCACUUUCUGUUCGAAUCCUUGGGAAUUCCCACUUAUUUUUUUACUUCUUUUUCCUUUUUUUAAGGCUAAAGAACAUUUAAAGUCCUUAAAGGCUUUUUUUCUUACACUAAAGCCUUUCAGACAGACAUUGUAAACCGUAAAUCUUAAAAAAAAAUUCUUAAUCGACACGAGAAAGUCUUAAAAAGCAGGGCAUGCAUGGUUUGUUUCAUUGGUUCGUGCAAAGUAAGUGUUUAAAAUAAGUAAAAUAAGUCUUAAGGAAUAAAUAUAGGAUAUAUAUAAAUAUAUAUCCAGUUUAUCUUGGUGCUUCAGGCCAGUGUUUAUUAUUGUUACUUUUAUUUGUCUUUCUUUUAUUCUGAGGGCAUAUAAUAAAGAGUGCCAAAAUAUUUUUUUAACAAAUUGCUACCAUGUAUAUCGAUCUAUAUAACUAUAUAUUAGGGCUAGGUGAUAUUGUAAAAAAAAUAGUAAUAAUAAGAACCAUAAAAAUAAAAAUUUGGAUAUUCUAAUAUAUGAGUAAAUCUCUAUUCUGAUUUGUUGUUUUGUUUGUUUUUAAUUAUAAAUCAAUAAUUUUUCUUAUUUUCAAGCAUUAUUUUGCCUAUUAUUUUAAUUACAAUCCAGUUAUAUUUCAAAUAAGAGGCAAAAUAAUAAAAAAAAUUGCCCCAUAACUGUUUGAGGAAUUCCCUCGUGCAGCUUAUACAUUUAUAUAAAUAUAUAAAAGAUGUACAAAAUGUUAAAUAUUUUGAAAAUCACAUUAAAACAAUAAUACGGUUACUUGAAUUAAUUUAAUUUACUGCCCAGCACUAUUACAUAUGUAUACACUGCUCUAUACAAUAUAAAACAGAAUAAUAGUAAAAAAAAAAAAACAUGCGGCAUUGCACAAGCUAGACAAAAUAUAUAUAUAUAUAUAAAAAAAAAAGUUCUCUUUUUUUUUUUUUUUUUUUUGACGAUCACCUACAUCUAUACCAUUUCGGGCUAGAGAGAUGCCCUGUGUCAGGAUUAGAUAUUUUUUUUUAUUACAUAAUGUACAAAUAUUACAUUAUAUCUACUUGAAAUAUAAAGCAAUUAGGAGCAAAAUAUGAAAUUCACUGCAAUUAGAAAGAGUUCCUAAGUAAAAUAAUCUUACACUUAAACAAUGCUUACUAAGAAAAGUAAGAUUAAGUAAGAUAUUUUUUUUUGUGCAUGCCCAGCCUUUGUUAGGAAGCAUAAAUUUUCAAGAGAGUCAACGCACAAUAAAACUAGUGUACAGCCAACAUCAAAACUGUUUAAGUUUAAUUUAGCUAUUUUAAUGUUAGAAGAAUAGCAAGCAGCUUUUUUACAGAAGGUGGAGAAAACAUAACUUAACCAUAUCAAGUUAUCCUUCAAAUAUAAAUGUCAUCUUUUAAAAAAACAUUAAAACAUUAAUUUAUCACCUGAAAUUAGAUAUUUUUAAUAGCUAAGAUUUUAAGAUUAUUUUUUUGCCAUGUGCACGCCCAGCUUCUGUGUUGGGAAGCAGAAAUAUUAAUUUUUGCUAAUUUAUUAGGAUACCGCUCUCCUGCAGUAGCAGGCAUCCAGAAUUUGGCUUUGAUCUGUUUGUUUUGUUGUUUUGUUGUCAUGGUUAAAGCCGUCAGUUCUGUCCCCGCUCUCAGUGAGUCGCGGCGUGACUCCAUCCUUAAAACAGAGCGCGAGAGAAUGCGAGACGCAGAGUGAGAUAAUGCGAAAGAGAGCGAGUGAGCGCGAGUGACGGAAGGACGGCCAAGAGGCGGGCAGCGGUCAGGACCUCUUGUUUGAGGCCGUGGCCCAGCGGUGAGCCCCCCGCGGCGCCGGGAGCUCUGCCCACCUCCAUCUCUCUCCGCACUGCCCUCGCCUCACCUCUGCCCAGCGGCCGCCCUGCCCCGAGAGGCUGCCAUCUGGCUCCCGCCACAGGUCCGCGCCCGCGAGAGGCGACCGAACAAUGGGGCAGGGGCGCCCUGACAGUUUAUUGUGCUCCCUCCAUCAAAGUGCAGCGGAGAAAAAGCCAGGAGCAGCCGGGAGCAGCCAACGAGGUGCUGGCGAGCAGAUGGAACAAGUAGAUCAAGCUGUGGGGGAUUAUUAAAAUGACUGACGAGUCGGUAUCAUCUGAAACGCGGCAUUAUUAAUGCAUGAUGCCUGCUAUUUUCCCCUUGCCCUUGAACCUUGAGUCUUUUUUCCACCCUCCCAUCAGUAAACCGGCCAUUAGAACGGAUGGAAAUGGCCGGCGCCGGCCUCUCGCGCUCUAACUCUAAGGGCAUCUCACAAAACAAUAUUAUUACGUUACUUUGCCUCGAUAACAUCAAUUACCAUACUUUAUAUAUUGCAAAACUUUAAUUUUAUAUAAUAAUUCUCAGCAUCUGUGUUACUUAAGAGUAUAAAAGUCUCCUAAAUCAAAUAGUAAAUAGUAAAAGUAUUAAUACGAUAUAUCGCAAUUUCAAUAUAUUGUCCCAUCCCUACUGUGCAUAGCCACAGAAAAACACAUCAAAAUAGCAUUUCUGUGAUAUUAAAUAUAUUUACACAUAGCUCUGAAAUACAAUUCAAUUCAAUAUAGAGCUGGGCAAUAUUUUUAAAGUAUUUUAACAAUAAUGAUACUCAACAUAUAGCAGGACUUGAAUUCUCUACGAUACACGGAAUCUGUUUAACUAAAGAGGAUAAAAUACUACUAAAUAAGCAAAUACCAGGAAUUUCAAUAUAAAUAUUCAUACUUGACACCAAGUAUCAAUGCGAUAUAUCGCAAUAACAAUAAAUUAGUCCACCCCUACUGUGAAUAGCCUCUAAAAAAAGGUUAAUACGAUUCCAUACUAUAGAGCUGGGCAAUAUGUUAAAAGUAUUUUAAUAUCACGAUAUUCAACGAUUCAAAGACAUUUUCUUCAUACACGAUACUUGUUGCAAUGUCUCGACAUGCAAUCAAAAUUAUGCUGCAUUAUUAUUAUUAUUAGAGAACAAUACCUAAUUUAUUUACCGUCUAAUGUGCUGGAUCUGGGUGAUGCUGGACACUGCAUUGCCUCUAAAAAGGUUUAAAAUGUUCAAAAACGUACUAAAGAUAGCACUUAGUUCUGCUUAGUUCUUGCGAAGCAUUUUCGAGGCAUUGAUUUUACUAACUAUUAUGACUCUAGGUCCUGAAAAACAUUAUAUAAAACAACAAAGCUAGGAGCUAUAUGUAUAAAAUAUGAGGCUGUAUCACGAUAUUUAAAGAUUUUCAGGCAUUUUUACAAUACGCAAUCAAAGUGCUGGAUUAUCAGGGGGCUGGGUCUGGAGGUUCUGGUCACUGCAUUGCUUCUAAUAAAGGUCAAAAAGUUAAAAAUGUUAUAGUAAGCGCUUAGUUAUUUAUAGUUAUUGACUAUUUUUACAAUUAAUCCCAACAUUUAACACCAAUUACAGGCAUUCACUGAAUUUUAAUGAUCGAAUUACAUGGAUUUACUUCUUAAGUCUUAAGAAGUUCUGAGCACUUCUUUACGUGAUUUGAUUUUUUUUUUUUUUUUUUUUACGUUUACGGAAAAAAUUGAAUCAUCUAUUUAUAUAGUUUAGCAAGUACUUUUAGUUUUUAAAGUUUUUUUCAUUUUAUUACAUAACGAGAUAAACAGUCAGUGCUUGUUAGAAUGGUAGGGUUGCCCCUCAAUACAGUAUGCUGUGAGUGUGUGUGUGUUUUUUAUUUUUUAUUUUAUUUUAAUUAUUUUUUUUGUUAAUUCUUGUUACUUAUUUCCUAGGCCAACAUGUUGUUUUUAAAGCUGUUUUUAAAUCUGUUUGCUGGUAGUAGACUGGUCGACUGGUCGUACGUUUGUUGUUUUGUACAUAAUGAUUUCCCUGACCAUGCCAAACCAAUUCUCGAGGCUGGCUUGAGGUUGAUGGAUGAAAAAGGACUGAACAAAAAAAACUCAAGUUUUUGUUCGUUUUUUUGUUCGUUUUUUCUCGGGACUGAAACUUGAUUGCGCUUGUAUAAUGGGGAGGUGUUUCGGGUGGGGAGGGGUAGUUUAAAUAAGUAAUUUUUUUUUUUUUAAAUCAUCAUCAACGCCAACAAGAAGAAGUAGAAGAAGAAGAAGACGACAACAACCAAUCGAAAUCGAUUGUCGACAGUGAGACAAUGAGACAGACAAUGAUGCUUCAUACUCAAGUGUUACAAGCACUGGAUAUAAAUGGUAUUUUUUAUCAAUUCUGACUAAUGUGAAGCCAGCCGUCGUGUGCGAGGAAUAUACGAAAAAAAAAAAAAGAA